UGCGUCCCGGAAGUGCUUCUCUUUACCUAACGAGGUCAAGAUGGCGGCGUACUGCCUGUGAAAGGGUCGUUCCAGGAGGCAGCUAUAUGAUCGCAAAACAUGUAUAAAGCGCCAUGCAGCAGAUUGACAGGUUUUCUUGGUUUAAGAGUGAAACAGAAAUUGGUUCAAAUUGCUCCUCGAUGUGACCGGACUGCUAGAAGCCUUAUUUACCUGCACAGAAGAGACCCCUCAAACUGGCUGACAUAUCAGCAGCUUAACUUUCUGAAACGACAGUAUGUUACGAAAAACAGCAGCGAACUUCACCAGCGUGCGAUCCCCAAACGUGACCUGACCAUCGUUGAUGAAAGAGAUGGCAACGUCGAAAGGCGGGUCGAGAGAAUCCCGGCUAUCAAUCCGGAGCUCCCGGAAGUCGUCCCGCUGUCAGAGGAUGUGACCCAUAAAGCACAGCCUAAAAACUCCGCCGCUAAGCCUGCUUCACAAAGCGGGACAGCUCCGAAAGCUUCUGUGUCCCAUCUUGCUGCUACCACAGUUGAGCCGCCUCACGUCUACGUCGAGACGGAAGAGGCGAGGCAGGCCCGACUAGACAGACAGUGGAAGCCGCUGAAAGUUGAUGUGGCCGACCUGCCGGAUGUCUACGCUAGACUUGCUAAAAUUAAACUUACAGCUCUGGUGGUAACAACUGCAGCAGCUGGCUUUGCAAUGGCUCCCGUCCCCUUUGAUCCCGUCAUGUUUUUCGUGUCUGCUCUGGGAACAGGCCUCGCAUCCUGUGCUGCCAAUUCCAUUAACCAGUACUUUGAGGUGCCCUUUGACUCCAACAUGAACCGAACAAAGAACCGUCCCCUCGUCAGAGGACAGAUCAGCCCGCUACAUGCUGUGUCAUUUGCUUUUGCCUGUGGCAUUCCUGGAGUUGCUCUGCUCACGCUGGCAGUAAACCCCCUGACGGGCUUCCUGGGCGCCCUCAACAUCUUCCUGUACACCUGCUGCUACACCCCACUCAAGAGGCUCAGCAUCGUCAACACCUGGGUGGGAGCAGUGGUCGGAGCAAUACCUCCGGUGAUGGGCUGGAGCGCCGCCACGGGCAGUCUGGAUCCAGGUGCUUUGCUGCUGGGAGGUUUCCUCUACUGCUGGCAGUUCCCCCACUUCAACGCUCUUAGCUGGAACCUGAGGGAAGACUACUCGCGCGGCGGCUACCGCAUGAUGUCCGUCACCCACCCGGGCAUGUGCAAGCGGGUGGCCCUGCGCCACAGCCUGGGCCUGGUGGCGCUGUCCACCCUGGCGCCGGUGCUGGACGUCACCACCUGGACCUUCCCCGUCAUCUCCCUGCCCGUCAACCUGUACAUCAGCUACCUGGCCGCCCGCUUCUACCACAAGGGGGACCGCGACAGCGCCCGCAAGCUCUUCUUCUGCAGCCUGUGGCACCUGCCCAUGCUGCUGCUGCUGGCGCUCACCUGCAAGAAGUACAGCAGGAGUCAGGGGGACACGGCGGCGCCUUCGACCCUCACGCCACCAGCGUCGUAACUUGGGGACCCUCUUUUGAACCACAGUACUCCCGUCUGGCUCAGCGAUGGUUGGAGAGAUGUUUGCUGACACUGCUUUACAGGAAACACACCAUGUUGCGAUCUUUUCAAACGUGUGUGCUGUAAAUAUAUUUAUUUAUAAAGGGUCCCACCAGUUCUUCUGUCUUAUUUCUGACUGAGAAGUUACCUUGUACUGUGUACGCCACUCUCACGGGAUGCCUCAGCGCCUCUGCAGCUCGUUUAGCCGCUGCCGUAAGGUUUUUAGGAAGUGGUACAACAGGACACGUGUAAUGAUGAUAUGUUACUUGAUGGUAAUUAAACCUCAUUUUGAUUUGAAACGAACAUGUGCAGGGUUUUAAAUUUAAAAAAAGAAACCUGCUUUACGUGGAUCAUUUAUCCCCCUGUGGAACACAAAGGUGAACAUCUUGGAACAAUAAACGGUUAAUGAUU